AUGUCAAUAGUUCCGAUAAACUCUUCCCCACUUACCACGAGAAAUCAGUUGUCGAGGAGCGAAUUUUGCUCAGAGAGCACAAUCAUCAUCGUCGCAUUUUUAACAAUCAACGCUGUUUUGGCCGUCAUCUUCUUCACUCUUCCCAACGUGUUCGACUUGUUCUUGAUUAUCGAGGCAACGAGUCGAUUCCCCGAUCUCCAUCACACGUUUACUUGCAUUCAGUUUGUGUGUUCAAUUGCUUCAACGUUUGUGAGUGUGGCGAGUGCGUGGUUUUGUUGGAAGUCGAUUCUUCUCCCAUCAGCCGUCGCCUUUUUAAUGAUCGCCGAUUCGGUGGCGAGAAUUUUUGCCUCUCUCCUCCUCGUCAUUGCCUUCUACUGUGUUUUUCCGAAAUUCCUUCCAUCUGUGAGCUGCAUUGGUUUGCUCAAUCAACUGUACGUAUACGCUCAAAUAUUCUUCGGACCAUGUCUUUAUAUCUCCGAAUAUUUGCAAAUAGCCCUAUCGUUGAAUCGUUUCCUUUCUCUUUCCUACAAGGGUUACUAUUAUCAUCGAGUACAAAAGUAUCAUUGGUUUCAAGUUGGAAUCCCGUGUUGUCUUGGUUUCAUCUCAUAUCAGUGGCUUGAUCGAAUCAUUUCACCCGGUGAAAUCGUGCGUGGAUCAAAAGUUGUAGUUCCCCGUCAUCCCUGCCGGAUCAUUUUGGUAGCAGGAACGAUUUCGCUCGACGCCAUGCUAAUUUACAAAAUGAUUAAGACGAAGAGAGAAGUGGACUAUGCGAGUGGACAAUUUCUCUUGGCACAGCUGUAUCACGGGCUCAUCACGAUUUAUCUGUUGCGAAGAGACGAGAAACAAGUGCGGAGCCAUACG